GCCCUGAGAGCCCCGGCGGUUUCACUUUCCUUCACCAGUACUUCAAGGCACAGAGGAGCUGGUAAAGGCAUUGCCAUGAAACCUAACUUGAAGCAAUGGAAACAACUCAUGCUGUUUGGGAUCUUUGCGUGGGGUCUGCUUUUUCUGGUGAUAUUCAUCUAUUUUACAGAUAGCAAUGCUGCUGAACCAGUUCCCAGUUCCUUUUCUUACAUUGAAACUAAGAGGCUUCUGCCCCUUCAGGGCAAGCAGAGGGUCAUCAUGGGAGCCAUACACGAUCCAUCAUUCUCUGAAGCCGUUGAAGGGAAUGAGGUACUUCUUAAUGAAGAUCUCUUGGGUACAUUUAAAUCAGGGACUGGAAGUAUUAAGAAAUGGACUGAUUUGGAAGAUGCCUUUAGAAGUGAAGAUGAAUUUUUUCCAUCCCAGAUAGGAAGAAAAUCAAAAAGUGCAUUUUACCAAGUGAAUGAUGAUUAUUUAUUUGCUGCUGGUCAGCCUCGGUCACACAACCACCUUCAAGAGAUAGCCCAAUUCAUCUCAGCUGAUGAGGAGAAUCCAAAAGUUAAUAUUUUACAGAACAACUGGAACCAUCAGAAAAGAAUGAGGAGAAGGAGCGCAAAGCACAGGAGAAGCCAAAUGCUUGAUGAAUUUGAUGACUGGGAUGGGCUAUAUUCCACAAUGUCGAAAUCCUUCCUUUACAAGCUUUGGAAAGGGGAUGUCUCUUCCAAGAUGCUAAACCCUCGACUGCAGAAGGCGAUGAAAGAUUAUUUGAGCACCAAUAAGCAUGGGGUGCGGUUCAAGGGGAAGCGAAACUCCAAGUUGACAGGAGACCAGCUAUUCUGUGAGCUAAAAGAAAGGGUGAAUGUGAAAACAAUAGAUGGCAAGGAGGCUCCCUUCUCCGCUCUUGGAUGGGAAAAGCACGUUCCCCAAAUUCCACUGGGCAAAUUGUAUGCACAUGGCUUUGGGAGCUGUGCCGUAGUUAUGUCUGCUGGUGCAAUACUGAACUCUUCUCUAGGGGAUGAAAUAGAUUCUCAUGAUGCUGUUCUAAGAUUUAAUUCUGCUCCAACACGUGGCUACGAAAAAGAUGUUGGAAAUAAGACAACUAUGCGGAUCAUUAACUCUCAGAUUCUCACCAACCCAAACCAUCACUUUGUCGACAGCUCCUUGUACAAAGAUGUUAUCUUAGUAGCCUGGGAUCCUGCCCCCUACUCUGCAAAUCUGAAUGUGUGGUAUAAGAAGCCAGACUACAAUCUCUUCACUCCAUACGUACAACAUCGCAGGAAAAAUCCAAACCAGCCGUUUUACAUUCUCCAUCCAAAGUUUAUAUGGCAGCUCUGGGACAUCAUUCAGGAGAACACUAAAGAGAAGAUACAACCCAACCCUCCUUCUUCAGGUUUUAUUGGUAUCCUCAUCAUGAUGUCCAUGUGUAAUGAAGUGCACGUGUACGAGUACAUCCCUUCAGUCCGACAGACCGACCUGUGCCACUACCAUGAACUCUACUAUGAUGCAGCUUGUACCUUAGGGGCCUACCACCCACUGCUCUACGAGAAGCUGUUGGUGCAGAGGAUGAAUAAAGGUUUGCAGGAUGAUCUGUAUCGGAAGGGGAAAGUAAUUUUGCCAGGGUUCAAAGCUGUCAAGUGCCCUGAACGAAAUAAUUUCCCAAACUUGUAGAAAAAAGUCCUUCAGAAACAAUGUGCAAUAAGGUACUACUGUCGUACUAUAAACACGAGAAUACUUGAAAAUUGUAUCUUAGACCAAUCUAGUCUUGAGUCUAUAAAUUGUAAUUAAGUAGCAGGCAUGAGAAAUACUUCUUUUCUGAGCCUGAGUAUUUAUUACUGCUUUGCAGAUAGUUAAAGAAAAAAAUAAAAUUAAAAAAAAGGCUUAGCUCAUGAAAUGUGCAAAGGACAUAUUUAGGCAGAAUUAUAACGUAUUGUUGUGGGUGUGGCUGUCAGAAUUUGUUGGUGGUCUCUUACGCCACAUAUGCUAGACUGUAACUUCUUUUUCAAUGAACUUAUUUAAUUGUUAAAUCUGGCAUUGCGAAACAGCCUCUAUUGUUCAUGUACAGGGUGGCCAGUUGAACAAUGCAGCGUUUCUCAUGGCUCCAUGGGGUUUUCACACUCUCCAAGAAUGAAGUAAUCAUUACUCUGAGCUGUGUAGUUCUUGACUAGAGUAGACUUGAAUUCCUGUUCAUAUGCAGGCUCAGUUACAGACCUCCAGCUGUCCAGGGGGCUCUGAAAGCAGUACAGAUGGAGAUGGCUGUACACACAGCUAAAUCAGUUAAACUACUGGAUGUAUUUCUGAUGCCAGACCCUCAUGCUCAUACUGACUGCACAGGGCAGAGGAAAAAGAGAAAUGUCUUAUUUCUGUAGAGAGCAACAGACAUAUUCAUAACCCAUUUGGGAAAAAAAUCUCCCUGCAAGGCCUGUCAAGAAGGUGUAAGCAAGAUGGAAAUGUUGCCUUCCCCUGGUCUGCACAGAUAAAGAAGAUCCAGAGAAAGCCAAGGGGUGUUGUGCAGCGCUCGCAUAUCACACUAAGAGCAAGCGUAAAGGGAGCUCACCUUUCUGCAGCAAAGAUAGCAUUCAGGAUUUCAGACAUCAUUUUUUAGGUAUUUCACUGGGAUCUGAGUCAAGCUUACUUGUUCACAAUUUACUGCUGUUAAGAAAGUUUAGGGAGUUUUCUGACAAAAGAAGAGAAUAUCAGCAUUUUUUAACACUGACUAUGGAUUGGAAAUAGGAGAUAUGUUUUCCUUCAUAACACACAAUGAAAAUAUUCUCUAAGGUAUUUCUAAAAAUCUGCCUGGUUGGUAAUAUAUUUAAAACAUUAUUUUCCAUGGCAAGACUUCAGUUUCAGAUUUUCCAAGUGGCAAGAUAUUAAUGAUGUGGGGGGUUUUGUUGUGGUUUCCAUGCCUGCCCCCCACCUCCCCAGCCUCAAGACUGUAAUCUUUCUUUCAGAAUCAGUGUCAACUGAAAAAUAUGUACACAAAAGCACAUCUAUAUCGUACUCAAGUCCAUUCAGUAAAAAUGCUGAGAUCUCAAAGAGGCACUCACUGAUUUUGGUGGAAAAUAUUUUUUGUGUUUUGCCAUAAGUAACAGAAAGGCAAUUGAAGAGUGCAAACAGUAUUAUUUACUAUUUUCUCUUCAAUAGUAACAUAAGUGUAAUAAUAGAAUCCUCUUUCUCUCACUCUGCUCUUUGGGUCUGAAGAUUUUUUCUUCCUCAAAAGUUAAGAGUAUGUGUCUUAUGUAGGACUUAGGCCUUUUUUUCCUACAUAGUCUCAUAAUUUGGGCUGGAUGAUACUCUUAAGAUGCCUCUUAUUCACAGAAAAGUAUGACCAGAUGAUCUAAAACCUGUACUUUUGUGUUGUGUGGAUAGUUAUGUCCAUAAAUCAGUGUAGUACAUGACAAAAUGAAUAGAUUUUACUUAUAUUAGUCUUAGACUCUGGAUAUAUCACAAGCUGAUUUCUUUGUAAUGUUGUGUAUGGCAGCAACUUUUAUUCUUAAAGUUAGUAAUACUGUUAUUUAAUCUGGUGGAGAAUAGAUAACCUACAUAGAACUAGUCUAUUUUUUUCAUAUGUUUGAUACUCUGCUUGCAAAGCAUAUGAAGUCUGAACAAUGCAAUCAAACAUGUCUCUUCACUGUGUUCUGAGUUAGCUACCAUGUGUUUGCAAAGGAAAGGAGUUGAUUAGCUUUAUAGAAUUAGUGAAUAUGUUACUCCUCCAUAAGCAGGAAAAAGUUCUGAAAAUAAAAAAAAGCUAGUCACUUUCACUGUUCUGCAACCACUAAUCUUUAACUUUGAUUUUUGUGAAGAAGACAAAUAGUAACUGCAUUACUCAACUACCCACAGCAGCAUUUUGUGUGUAGAACAAGGCCAUAAAGUUUCAUGUAAUAACUGCUAAGUAUACCUACUUAAUACAUCAUUUAAAUAGCAACGCAGAACCAGGGCUGAGAUUUAUAAAAUGAACUGUAUACUUUUAAUUUGCUGGACUUUGCACACACAAGUGCUCACAGCAGAAAUUCUUUCUUUGUUGUAUUCUGACUCACACAGCAAAUCUGUACUCCUUCCACAAGUGCAAGUGUGGGUACUGCAGCAUCACCUCAGCAGAUGCUGCAGAGCUGGGCUGCAAAUGUUUACUUGCUCACAGAGGAGGAAGACCAACUUGUGAUACCCAUCUUCUUGAAAACUUAAGGAUUCCCUGGCAUGGCUUCCCAACACUGUUUUCCACUGUGAUGUUUCACUGCUCUGCCUGCUCAAAAACCUUGUGGCUGCUUAAAAAGAUUUUACGCCCCUACUUUGUCUUGUCCUCUUUCAAUCUUUUGACAGAAGUGCAAGUGUAGCCUGAUUUAGAAACUGAGGGCUCACCUCCACUUGCUGCAAGAGGAGAAGGGGCAAAAGUAACUGGAGAAUAUAAAGGAUCUGAGAGAGAUCUGGGAGAGCUACUCCCUUCAUCACUGCUUACACUGUGUGGCAUUGGCAUUGGUGGCUUUUAUCAGCACACACCAAGUAUUUUUGCAUUUAUGGGCAUUUCCCCAUCCCUCACGAGGGCAGAAAGUCCUUAACAAAAAACUUAAGUACAUCUAAAACUGUGUGUGAGAAUGCUGGUUUUAGAUGCAUAUAUUAUAUGCAGAUAAUGUGAAAGGAAAUGCAUUUUCCCACACAGAUUGUAGGUUUCUUGGGGAAAAAAAAAAAAGAUAAAGGCUUCGUAGCUCGACCAUGUGGCUGUCUCACCUUAAUAGAGUGAAACUUGACCACAGAUCAGAGAUUUGCCCAAAUCUGGCUCUUGAGGUGUCUCAUCAGCCAAGCCAAUGCCUCUGCUAGGGAACUCCUGAGCUCACUUCACACUUGUUGCAGUGUUGCAGGUUUUAAACUUUCAAGAGUUUACUGACAAGUAGGAAAAAGUUGCCUUCAAAGGCUAUUGAGCCUCAUGUCUGUGCCCUGGUGCUGUGGACAACAGUUGCACUUAUGUGAACAAACCAGAAAUGCAGCAGCUUAAGGAAAUGUGCUGAGUUUAUGAUGAAUUUCAUUAUGCUCUUUUUUUCCACUGUGAAUUCUGUAGCUUUUCUGACUUGUGGUGCUCUACCAUUUUAUGCAUUCAGCCUUUGGAUGAUUAAAUCAAGGUAUUCUUCUGUUUAUUCAAGAAGAAUUUUGCCUCACUUUGGGCUAAAAUAAUUUUUGCUAGAAAAAGUUACUGUUUCAUUCCUUUAGAGUUCUAAAGCUUACCUCAGCAUAAACUUGGAGCUCAGUCAUUCCUUAGAUUACACUACUAAGAUUUCCUUUUACCUUGCUGUGCAGUUUUAUGCUGUUGAAACUCUGGUACAGUCAGUGAAAUCACAAUGAUGUAAGAAAUACAUACCUUUGGAGAGAGAGGUGGUGAUUUACACACUCUAAUCUACUCUCUCUGUGUACAAAUUUAGCUAAAUCAUUGCAUGUCUUUGGUCAGGACACUUUCUUUGGUGAAAGCAUCCAAAUUCUGAACUUGUUGCUGUGGUUCUCUUGCCAAGGUCAGCAAAACUGAGACAGUUUUUUUCUUAAAUGAAGACAAGAGCUUAAAUUCAGUGGUCACAAAGACUGAACCACAGUAAUUUUAGAGAUGGUUUGAAUUAAACAAGAGUUCAAAAUGCAUGUAGACCCAUCCAAUCCAUAGUGGGGUUUUCCUUUUUAAUUUCUUCUUUCUUCAGCAGUUUUUAACGAUGGAAGGUGCCAUUUGGACAGUGACACAGAUGUACCAUGAAAGGAAUACUGAAUGUAUUGACUGCAAAAAUAAAUGUCUACUAUUUUUUCCCUUCAUGCUUUCUCAAGUUGAUGUCUGUUAAAUAAAUGAAAUGGUUUUUUGAAGUUGGUAAUUCAGAAGACUGUAAUUCAAAAGCAUCUGAAUCCUUCCUGGCAGCAAUCCUCUCACACGCAAGGAGGAUACCUGGUUUAACUGUUUCAGAUUUUAAGCAGCUGAUGUCUGGGCAUACCUGCAUCUUUGAAUUAAUUUUGACACUGCGAAUUUCUUCUCCCUGGCCUAGUGAUCAGAUUCAGAGUGUUGUUCUUGAAAUAAGAGUUGUGUGUAAAAGCCUUACAUUUAUCCAUAUCGUCUCAUCACUCUUAUAACAUGUAGUCAUCAAACUAUUCAAAUAUAGACUGUGUACUUUUUUAAUAGCUUUGAGAAUUAUUUUGUAUGAUGAUUUUUUUAAAUGAAUGUGUACUCUAAUAACAAAGCUUCAGAUUUUACAGGAGUCACAUUUUUAAGCAGUGUUUGUAUACAUUUUAACACUUUUUAUAUUUUCUAUUAUGAUUUUGUAUAUUUUUAUGUAUGCACAGUGUACAGAUUUUUUCCUGUAAAUAAAACAUUUGUUUU